AUGGUCCUAUUCUGGAUUCUACAAACACAAUAUGCCAUUCAAGAUUAUCGGAAGCAGAAGGGGAUGCAAGACUUUCCAGGCUUGAGGGGCUUUUAUGGGGUUCUACGCCACUCUCCCACACUCAUGGAUUCCGAACUUUGGAAAGGGUAUUAUUGGAGUAGCGAAUUCUGGUCCAGCCAUGCCACAAAGAACUGGUUACCCCCGACCUCGAAGCCUCUCCCGUGGGUAUCAUUCAUGCCUGAUCAGUCAACUGAUCUGUCCGCGGUUCAAGAGGACCCAGAUCGACUGCUGCGAUACGCCUUUGGGAUUCUCCAGUACGUCUACAAGAAGGAUUUACACAGAAUCGGCGUCACAGCGCGGGCACUUCUCGCACUUGAGAGGAGCACGAUGCGCCUACGGAAAAGUUACCCUUCCAUAUCUCCGUACUCCAAAACAAGAGCAUAUUUCUGGAUUCAGGUUGUGCAGAUUGCCCUACAAUCUCUAUAUGUGAUCAAUCCGCAAUCAGAAAAGGAGGGGAUGGGCUGCAGAAGUCCAGCCUCUCGUCUUCCGUUUAGCGGCUUCAAGGACCUGGUCGAAAUUGAUAGUGAAAGCUGGAAACGGUGCUAUUCUCGAAAGGUUUGGUACAGCAUGGAAGCUCGUUCGCAAUAUAUCCCCCCCGAUAUUCGGCCUCUGAACUCAUUGAUUAAGAAAUCUUGGAUUUCAAAUGACAAUCCAAUCUUUGUGCAACGAAUGAAAUUUUUUCUUACGGAAAUCGACUCCCUCGAACCUUCAGUCGAAGAGCUUUCCUUUCGCGCGACGUUAGUUCUGGAUUGGUCGCGGGAGCUUAAUGCAAGAAAUCCGGUGAUUCAAGGUCAUAAACACCUGCUGCUCUUCUUGUAUAUAAAUCUCGUUACCGACGUAAAGUCCCAAGAUUCAGAGGAAGCGUCCUCGCUCCGGAUUCAACGUGCAACGGAGCUCUUCUCAGAAGUAUCAGGUCUUCUGGUUGACGCACUCACCCACAAGCACUUCUGGUUUCAACAAUUCUUGGCAGCUCUCGACCUUGCAGAAAGUCGGAAAUCAGAAAAGGACGCAAGCUCGGAUUUUUCGACGUUUGCGGGUUUCAUUAUGAACAGCCUGGAGCUCGUCAACGAGGACCUCCCGAUUCAGUUCUAUAACCCGGAGAUCUGGCACAGCGAAAAGGCAAGGCAAACGAUCGUCGCCCCGGACAAGAGGGAAAUGGCGAAUAUUUUAGAACUGGGUGCUACAAGUGAGAUGAGCGACUGGGUUGAGGUUUGA